AUGUCGCGUGAGCACGUGCUCUUCCAUUGCGCGAAUAUAAAAUUACUGGAUGAACCUCACGUGGAGGUUGCAAAAAAUACAAAAGCAACUAAAGAGCCACCUAAGGGUAAAUGGCGGCAGUGGAAAGUUUCAAUAUAUGCGACCGAUGACACCGGGGAAAAGUGUCCUCUGACUUUCGUCGAAAAAGAAUUUCUUAAUCCUGGUCCGUCUUUUCGUAAAUUGCUGUUUCAAGAGAUACCUCUUGAUUCACCGGCCUCUCAAAAAACCACACCUAGCAGACAAAAAAAAUCCAAAUCUUCAAAAUCCGUGUCCAAAUGGCAGAAAACAGAUUCACCGGUCACUUCAUAUGAAUCACCUCAAUCUUCACGUUCUUCAUGUUCAAUAGGCGAAUCUACAAAUGACAAGGAAAACUUCCAAGUGGAUUAUAACAAGUUAGCCAAAAAUCUUUACGAUUUGGAAGGGGAUGAUAUUCUGGAGGUUAUACAUCUUGUAAAAGAGCAUCGAACAGGUGACAUGUAUAUUAACGAAGAUAUUGAAGGUAGGCAUUUAAAAGAUGUGAACUCGCCAAACUUGUAA